UUCCAUGAAGUGCGACCGGACAACUCUCGCGAGUCCAUCGUCAGUUCAACCCUAACCCAAUUCAGUUGACAAUGAUGAUAUAGCUGUUAAUCAUGGCACUGUUCGUGUGGACUUUCAAGGCAAAUAUCCACCGGUUUAUCGCGGAUGGACAAUUUAUUCAGUAUUUUAUUAUCCUCUUUUCACUGUUCAAUCUGUCGUUGUGUCUUUACGAGGAUCAAGUUGGUAAAUUCGAUUGGAAACAGAAUUACGUAGGGAGAAUCAAAUUUGCUAGUUUUGAUACAGUAUCGACUGCCAAGAAGAUAAUUGUUGCCACCGAGGAAAAUGUCCUUGCAGCUCUCAAUUUGAAAUCAGGGCAAAUAAUAUGGAGGAGAGUUUUGGAACGAGGUUGCGCCGGACGAAUCCGUUCCUUGAGUGGCGGAGGAGAUGGAGACUUGAUAACAGUCAGCGGUGGAGUACCAGCGAUCGUUCGGGUCUGGGAUCUAACUGCUGGACAUAUCCUCAACGAGUGGCCGGUGGCUGAGCAGAAUCCCGAGCAACUAGACACCCCAUUCCUAUCAUUUUCCACUGUUGGAUUAUAUUCUGCUGAAAGGUUGGAGGAUGUUAAAUGGCACAUUAAAGAUGGUACUCUUCAUCAUAUUCUGCCGAUAUACAGUAGUGGAGUUGAGGUGACAUCCUAUGAUAGUAAAACUGGGGAGAAGUUGAAGACGAGGAAGGUGUCAGCGCCAUUUAUAACAGCAGAAACAAAAUGUGUAUUGACAGCACCAUAUUUAGCCUGCCUCAAAAGUGACACAUCCCUUGCAAUUCUCUUUCUGGUGAACCUAUUUGACACGAAUGAACAGCCACAUUCAGUAACCAGUAACAACAUAUUUGGGGCUGGUGCCCAGGGCCCAUUCACUCUGGAGGCAGUACCAGGAGAUGAAUCAGUAUUAUCAGUAACUGCUAAGGGAGACCACCGAAAACGUAUCAUGAUACCUGGUGAUACACCGAAAAUCAUUCCAAGAGAUAUCGACGGCGAUGUGAGACUUUAUAUCACGAAUGUUGAUGAGGAGAAAGUACUUUUGGAAACUACUUAUCGCAAGGGGGUGACAGAAAUCAAAGCAUCAACUUUACUGGACUCGACCCCAAUGCCAGAACUGUCAGCAUCAAUAUCGCACAGUGCCCUCCUUUCCCCGACCAUAAAAGCUUCAAUCUGCCCGAAAACGCCAAAGGGCGUGAUUUGCCGCCACUUGACGAGCUCCGAAGACGAUGGAGUAGCCCUUCUUCAGCACAAUAAACUAGUCUGGUCCAGGGAAGAGGCACUGGCCAGCAUCAGCAUCGUCGAAAUGAUGGAGCUCCCCAUGUCGGACCGCGAUCAGACAAUUGAGACAGAAUUCGAUCAAAAAGAAAGUAUCGAUAUAGACAGUUCAUGGGAUGUCGUGGGGAUGAUGACGCGGAGAGUGACAGCCCAGUUUAAUCAACUCAAAUCGUUCCUUCAGUCCUCGUUCGGUGUCACUCCACAGGCAUCGAGCCAGAGAGCGGAUCUGGUGAGAGAUAAAUUUGGCCUUCACAAGAUGAUCGUCGUAGUGACAUCGGCGGGUAAAUUAUUCGGUAUUGAGUCGAAAAAGGGAGAGAUCAUCUGGCAGUUGAGGAUUCAGGACAUGGCAACUGAGGGGAAGGAGUCGACACCACUGAUAUUGUACGUCCAAAGAGGCAGCAGACACUUCCCCUAUCCUCCACAAUGUGCUCUGCUAUCAACUGACAAGAACACGGGGGAUGGAGUCAUUUAUACGUUCAAUCCCAUCACUGGGCAGCCCCUGGAUGGACUGGUGAAGCUCGACUACAAGGUGAAACAGUCCAUGCUGCUCCAUGAUGCUACUGAGGAUUUCCUUAGGGCUAUUCUACUCCUAGAUACCAGGGAUAAGGUCCAUGUGUUUCCUGAGAAUGCAACUGCUGUUGCCGCUGCCAGUGGCAAGAGCACUUAUUUGUUCACUGCUGAUGCUGGUACGGGAAUUGUCGCUGGAUUUUCUCUUGGGUAUAGUACACCUGAGGAAUUGAUAGCUCACAAAGUUUGGGAGCUAGUUCUAGCCCCUAAAAAUCAAAAAAUCACCCACGUCGUGUCGAAAAAUCCAAUCGAGCGUGUUCACUCCCAGGGACGUGUUCUGGGUGACCGAUCAGUACUCUAUAAAUAUAUUAAUCCAAAUUUAGUGGCCGUUGUUACCCAGGGUGUUGGUAGCACUCUCAAGAAUACUAUAACAUUAUACCUCUUGGAUGUCGUCUCAGGAGCAAUGAUAUUUUCUAUUGUCCACAAACGAGUACGUGGACCUAUCCACAUAGUUCACUCUGAGAACUGGCUCGUUUAUAGUUAUUAUAAUGACAAGAGUCGUAGAACUGAAAUAGCAACAUUAGAGCUUUACGAGGGAAAAGUUCAGAGUAAUACCACUGUGUUCUCAUCAUUAACAACAACACGACUACCUAUGGUAGAACGACAAGCAUUUAUAUUUCCAGCGUCCAUUGAAUCAAUGACGGAAACUAUCACGGAGAAGGGAAUAACGAGCAAACAUAUUCUAGUGGCUCUGGCUAAUGGUGGCAUCUUGGAGUUACCCUGGAUGAUGCUAGAUCCGAGACGACCUACCAAUCCUGAAUCGCGAGAAGAGGGUGUAAUUCCCUACAUGCCAGAGAUACCAAUUCAUAUGGAUGCCAUUAUCAACUACAACCAAAGUGUAUUCAGGGUAUCCGGAAUUUACACGAGUCCCAGUGGCCUUGAAAGUACCUGUUUAAUUUUUGCACAUGGUCUUGAUUUAUUCUACACAAGAGUUGCCCCGUCGAAGACCUUUGACGUUCUGAAGGAAGACUUUGAUUACUAUCUCAUCGUCAUAGUCCUUGCAGUACUCUUGAUCUCAUCGUACGUAACGAAAAAGUUGGCAUCGCAAAAAGCACAGAAGCAGGCGUGGAAAUGAAUCGAUGAACAGUCGCCCCCAAAAAAAUAUCCUCUUUCAUUCAAUUAAUUUUCACCCUUGUGUGCUAGAAUUUUUAACUUAUAAAGGCCACAUCACCCACCCUUUUGUAAAUUAAACAUUGUCAAUAUGUAAAUUAAUCUUAACAAUGCCAUUGAUUUACGUAAACACUUACAAAAUAGAAUCAAUUACUCUCAAACUGUUUUUAUAAACAACACGUAGUUUCUAAAUGGAAAUGAUAUACCAUGUAAUGAGUGAGUGAAAACGAGGCGUGCUGAUACCAAAAUAAAUUCAAAAUCAAACAAA